AUGGGCAGUGAGGACUCCGGAAGCGCACUAGCUAAUCGGAUGGAUGCACGUUGUGGCUACAAUAACCUUGAUUCAUUCUUUGCUAGACGCAUCGUCAGCGAGCUGGAUGCUCUAUUGAAUGAGCAUAAUGAAUUGUUGAAAAUAUUCAAAUCCCACAUGCACAAAUUAGAAAGCGAUAAUCACGCUAUUGUUAUUAAUCCUGAUAAAACACCAGCUGGAGAACACAUUCGUAGAUUCAAUGCACCUGUUGCUGACGACGUUGCUGGAAUCAUGGUUGGCGAUCGUACAGGUGCACGAGACAUUGUGAUUCGUAGGAGAAAUAAUAAUCUUCAGUUCAUUGCUGAUACACACCGUUCAUAUGACGCUCUCCAAUAUCCGCUAAUCUUCUGGAAGGGACAAGACGGAUAUAGCAUAAAUAUUAAACAACGAGAUCCCGUAUCAGGAGCCGAAACAAACAAAAACGUUAGUUCGAAGGAUUAUUAUGCGUAUAGAUUGAUGAUUAGACGCGGGCUGGAUAACGUCAUUCUACGAUUUCGAGAGCUUUGUCAACAAUUCAUGGUCGACAUGUACGCGAAGUUAGAAGGCGAACGACUACGAUACUUACGAUAUAAUCAACUCAAGCUACGGGUGGAAGAGUACAUUCACUUGCGAGACGCUAUUGUCAACAACGCCGACGCCGCCGAAAUUGGUAACUCUGUCAUUCUACCAUCAUCGUACGUAGACAGUCCACGUCAUAUGCAAGAGUAUAUACAGGAUGCUCUGACUUUCGUGCGCGAAUAUGGGCGACUGUGUUUAUUUAUCACGUUCACAUGUAAUCCAAAAUGGCCAGAGAUUACAUCUUUGCUGUUGCCUGGCCAAAAUGCAAUACAUCGUCAUGACAUUACAGCACGUGUGUUUAGACAAAAGCUGAAGCCAUUAAUAAAUUUUAUUAUUAAAUCACAUGUAUUCGGUCCCAUACGUUGCUGGCUGUAUUCGGUUGAGUGGCAAAAGCGAGGAUUACCUCAUGCCCACAUUUUGGUUCGGUUAAUCGACAAAAUCCGUCCUGAAGAAAUAGAUAAUAUCAUUUCUGCAGAAAUUCCCGAUCCGUCUACUGAUCAAAUGCUGUUUGAUAUUGUUACAGCAAACAUGAUUCAUGGCCCAUGCGGUACUUUUAAUCGUUCAUCGCCUUGCAUGUCAGAUGGAAAAUGUACAAAAAAUUUCCCUAAAGAUUUCACUAACGAUACAAUCACAAAUGUGGACGGAUAUCCAAUAUAUCGUCGAAGGAAUCCAGAUAAUGGCAGACAAUCAUUUAUUAAAAACAUCAGAAACACAGACAUUGAUAUUGACAAUCGUUGGGUCGUGCCAUAUUCGCCCCUGCUGAGCAAAACAUACAAUGCUCAUAUUAAUGUUGAGUUCUGCAGUUCUGUGAAGAGCAUCAAAUACAUUUGCAAGUAUGUCCAUAAAGGCAGUGACAUGGGGGUAUUUAGAGUGGAAAAUACCAAUGUGAAUGCUCCUUCAGUAAAUAAAAACGAUGAAAUAACGCUCUACCAAAUAGGUCGGUACAUCAACUCCAAUGAAGCUGUUUGGCGUAUCUUUGGUUUUCCAAUUCAUGAACGGGAUCCAGCAGUUGUUCAGUUAGCCAUACCAUCUUGA